AUGUACUGCAAUCCAACUGUUUCUCCUGACACCGAUACGACCGAGCUCAGAAAGAUCUUUCGAGGCCCCCCGAAGAGUGAUGGGAAAACAUUUAGCACCUUUACUUUGUUUGAAUUGAUACGGAAACUCGAUCAGAAAGAGAUUAAAACAUGGGCACAAUUGGCUAUCGAUUUGGGGGUGGAGCCGCCGUCUUUGGAAAAGGGACAAAGUGCUCAAAAGGUUCAGCAGUAUGCAGUGAGGCUCAAACGAUGGAUGCAUGCCAUGCAUGUGGAUGCUUUCUUCGAGUUUCUAUUGAACAAACCCCACGUAUAUUAUACUCAAGUACCUCCGAUUAACGACCCUUCAUCCGAGUUUGGACGGGAUGGAGUUGCCGCUGAGGAAGACCUGGCUCUCCGUGCAUUACUACCAGAGACUCGGCCGAAACGAGGACGACGGAAAGCAGAGGAUAGGGAUGAAAGUGAUACAGGAAAAUCGCCAUCACAACGUCCUCGUCUGGAUUCUCCUACGUUAUCCGAAGACUUUAUGAUGGCCAGAGCUUCAUUGAUUGGAGAUAACACGACUCCCUCGACAGCUCAUCCAGACUUUCAACAAAGCUUCAACGAUAGAAUGGCCCCGUGGUCCGCAACUGAAAUACGAACCGCUGCUUCAGAUACAUCUUUCCGGUGGCCACCAACAGAGAGUAGUCAACCUCUAUCAACACAACCUUUAUCAGCUUAUCCCCAGUCUGCCAUUACGCCAACAAGUCGAACAAAUCUUUGGAGUGACGCGAACGAACCUCGAUCAGCUGUCACACCCAAGACUCGGGUACGGCGGCGGCACGGGCCAGCAGUUUCCUCAGCAUGGCCAAGUAAAGGCGGCAUGUCUUCGGGCAAGCUUAGGGGGAGACCACCAAACAACCGUUCCAUUACAGAUGGACCUUUCUCCACCUUCCCCGUAAAUCCAGGGGGCGCCAGAGACGUCCCGACAAUAAGUCUUGGAGACAACACUCCAACACAAACUCCUGUUGUGGGAAACUCCGAUGUGUCUCAUUUCUUUUCUGCGGGAAUGCAAGCAAACGAUCCAAAUUCGCAAAAUCAGAACGGGAGACCCGGUCGGCUACAACUUCAAGUACCCGAACGGCAAGGCGGGGCAGUCCGACUUGCUACGCCUCCGCAGGUACUUGUCAAUGGCCCAAUGGACACAGGUUCGGUGGACUCGGAAAUGCACCAAGAGCUAUCAUCAAAUCCGCAGCACAUCGCUCCCAUGAUGGAAUAUUUCAUCAGUCCUGGGGAUCAAGACCCCAAUUUUCCCGGUUUUGUGAGCUUUGCUUUUCGCCAGAACAAGGAUACAGAUCGCACCAACAUGGAUGCUCUGGAGAGCCACUUUAUCUGCGAGAUCUUGUCCGCAGAAUGGUAUGAUGGAGCAGGAAAAAAUAUUGAUAGGUGCAGUAUUGAUGAGGCUGACAAGAUCUGCGAACAAGUCAUCAAGAACCUGCAAGCCGAAUCAAGCAGUACCGAAGCUUUCUUGAUCAAUCUGUCAGCGCUUGCUGGUGGUCCUCUGAUGAGUCGGCUUAAAAUGACGAGACGUGAUCAAGGUACUGUAAGCCAUUACGAGUGCCAGUGGAAAAUGAGGUUUGGCUCCAUUGAGGGCGACUUUACGAUCAGAGCUACUGUCGACCACAGCGUUAAUUCAGCAGCCUUAGAGCAAGGGCCAGAGGAUGCGGAAGAUUCAUGGAAGAAGAGGUAUCUAGAUCUUCGACAGCAGAUCAAAGAGAGAGAUUCAGUGGUUGGAGGACUCAAGAGAGGCAUUAUGGAUGCACUGGUUGUCUCGAACAAGUUCACGAACAUGUGA